CAGUGUCUAAACUAUAUCUAUAUAAUACAUGAGCUCUGGAACGACGAAGACAAUGCGUAAUUGAAUAGCCAAGUGAGUGAUUGAAUUUGAAUAGCCAAGUGAGUGAAAAUGGAGUCGCUGAAGGAAACCGCAGCUAACGUUGGAGCCUCUGCUAAGGCUGGCAUGGAAAAAACCAGAGCAGAGGCGCAAGAGAAGGUGGAGAGAAUGUCAACACGUGAUCCAGUGCAGAAGGAAAUGGCGAGAGAGAAGAAAGAAGAGAGGAAAACGGAGGCAGAAUUGCGGAAACUAGAAGCGCGCGAGGAUAACGCAGCGGCGAGGCAGGCAGCCAAGGCUGGUGGCCAUGUACAGUACACAACUGCUGGUCCGGGCGCUCAAGGCACAACCGAAACCUAUACCCAUUCAACAACUGGGACAACCGGUUACCCUACAGGGACCCAGCAAAUGUCGGCCAUGCCUGGACACGGCACAGGGCAGCCAUACGGUGGAGAGGUGGACCCAACGGGUUUGACCAGGACUCGCCCAUCUGGGUUGCCCGGAGACACCACUGGCCAUAACCCACGUGUGUAGGGCAUGGCAUGUGCUUUAGCUCCUGUUAUGUAAUAUAUCUAUGUUUUCUGUUUGGUGUCUUUUUCUUGUUAAGCAAUUCCAGUUGAAUAAAAGGUAUCUUUUAGUAGAUAUUUUA